AUGCCUCCGGCUCGGAGCCUCCGUACGCGGGCCACAAUGAACGAGAAUGAUGAGAAUGGGCCACAAACGCGUCUGACACGGGCCAAGGCCGCGGCCCUAUCGGCAGGUGACGUCCCAGCUUCCAACGCCGCCACCAAGAAACCUCUUCAGACCAAGAAAACUGCCACGAACACGGCGACCGCUGGAGUCCCAAGAAGGCGCGCUGCUCUUGGAGAUGUGAGCAAUGUCAACAAGGCGGAUAAUGGGGAGACAAAGGAGGCCAAGAAGCCAGCUACCACCAAGGUAGGUUUGACGUCAAAAGCAACGAUGCAGGCCGGGGGUGUUCAGAAGCUCAGUCGCACCAACUCCUCUCGCACUGCCCUGGGAGCCAAAGACAAUAAUGCAAAGAAGCCUACCACUGAAUCGAAGCGCCUGGGCAGCGGAUCAGGAAUGAGCAGUGCACAGAAGAAGCGGCCGGCGAGUCAAAAACCGGUGCCUGAGAAAGCGCAACAGACUGAGGAACCGCCACGCAAGAGGGUGGAGGUAGAGAAGGUCGAGGAGAAGGCUGUUAUGGAAAAGGCCUCUACCGCGGAAGAAAAAGCCGAAGUCACUGAGCCCCAGGCCUCAGGGAAGCCUCAAGAUUUCGUGGACGACCUCGACACCGAAGAUCUUGAUGAUCCCCUGAUGGCGGCUGAGUAUGUGGUUGAGAUCUUUGAGUACAUGAGGCAACUCGAGCUGGAAACAUUACCGAACCCCCACUACAUUGAGCAUCAGCCUGAUCUGGAGUGGAAGAUGCGCGGUAUUCUUGUCGACUGGCUCAUUGAGGUUCACACGCGCUUCCGCCUUCUUCCAGAAACACUUUUCCUAGCCGUCAACCUCAUCGAUCGAUUUCUCUCGGCUGAGGUUGUCGCCUUAGACCGCCUCCAACUGGUUGGGGUCGCUGCCAUGUUUAUUGCGUCUAAAUAUGAAGAAGUGCUGUCGCCCCAUGUGGCUAAUUUCAGCCAUGUCGCAGAUGAGACGUUUUCAGAUAAGGAGAUCUUAGAUGCUGAGCGUCACAUCUUGGCGACGCUUGAGUACAACAUGAGCUUCCCCAAUCCCAUGAACUUCCUGCGCCGGAUCUCCAAAGCCGACAACUACGACAUCCAAACCCGAACUCUUGGAAAGUACCUGAUGGAAAUCAGCCUUCUCGACCACCGCUUCAUGCAGUACCGUCAGAGCCAUGUGUCUGCGGCCGCCAUGUACCUUGCUCGUCUUAUCCUGGAGCGCGGACCUUGGGACGCGACCCUCGCUCACUAUGCUGGAUACACCGAAAAAGAAAUCGAGCCCGUCUUCCGGUUAAUGAUCGACUACCUCCACCGUCCAGUGUGUCACGAAGCGUUCUUCAAGAAAUAUGCCAGUAAAAAGUUUCUAAAGGCCUCCAUCCUUACACGGCAAUGGGCCAAAAAGUACCAUCACCUCUAUAUCGAUAGCUCGCUCUCGGAACCGUACAGUUUCAUCAAGGAUCAGGAUCAGGACUAA